CUGAAGAAAUUGGAAUCGAUUCUACCGAAAAAACUCUGAAUUUUCUACUCUACAGUAAUACUGGCGAUCUAUAUUUCUAUCAAGAAAUAAGAGAGCUGGGCCAGUGUCUUGGAGAUGCGACUAUCCGGAAAUUUCACAAACGUUUAACCCGUAAUCCCGCGGAUGAAACCAUAGAAUUUAUUAGGCUAUGGGUUGAUAAUGAGCGAGAAUUAGAUACAGAGGUAGAAGAGGAGGAAAAUAGUGAUAGCGCUGGACCUAGCGGGACGAGAGAAUAG